AUGGCUUCCAAAAAGUACAUUGUUGAAUAUAUCUUUGUCAGAAAUAAGAGUAACAUAGCAAUAUUAUCUCACACAAAUUCUAAAGGAAAAAGCUAUUACUUCACCACACGAUGCCUCAAUUGGCAUAAAACACCAAACCCAAAGGAAAAACUAAAAAGUAACUAUAAGUACUUUGAUUCUAAUCAAAAAAAUAUACUUUUUCCAAAUGAGCAUGGCAAUUCAUUAGUAUUCCUAUACCCAACUUCACUCCUCAUCAAAUUUAUCAAAAAAAUCUUAAGAAAGUUUGAGGAUAAAUGUGAUUUCAGUUCAGAUGAAAUCUAUGUUUUUGGAGAAUUGGCCACUUUUAUAGAAGAUGAUAUCAAAUAUAAAAAAACCAUUUUUUCAAAAGAUCAGUCUUCUGAAUUGGAAAUAAAAGUUCAUUCGUUGAUGUCAAAAAUACAAAAUCAGAAUGAUCAUAUGGAAUUAUCGGAAUCCGAUGGGUAUGGCAGUGAAUCUGAAGGUGAAUACGAUGGCCAUGCAAGUGAAUCUGAAGGUGAAUCCGAUGGCUAUGACAGUGACUCUGAUGGAGAAUCCGAUGGCAAUGCAAGUGAAUCUGAUGGAGAAAUGGAUGACAGUGAUGUUGGUGAUUAUAAUGAAGAAGAGAAGAGGAUUCCAGACCCAGAGGAAAUUUUUCACUCCAUAAAGUUUAAUACAUCAUCGUAUCAACAUUUGGAGAUAUUGCCCCAAUCGAGACAGGAAAUUGCUCGAGAUCUGAUUCAACAAUUGAACGAGUUAGUCAAGGAUGGAACAAGAAAUUAUCGGAAUAAACUCCUCGAUUCACUUUCAAAAUCAAAAAGAAAACAUUCUGAUUCCCGUCGGACUGUUUCAUAA